AUGUCUCUUCCUAAAGCUUUCACCAAUUCCACGGAAUAUUUUCAACAAGUUAACGAAUUUCUUAAAAAAUAUUCAUGGAUUUAUAGAGAAGCAAAUACUGGAUUUCUAAAAGCCGACAUAUUAAAUCAAAUGCCUCAUCAGUAUCAGAAAUACUUUAUAGAAAUAACAAAUGAAGAAUUAAAUAGAUUUCCCUAUACACAUGAACCACUAGCUCAUUUAAAUGAUGAAAGUAUUAAAAACUUUCGUUACCAGUUAAACGAAUUAAUACCGCCGGAGGCUUUUCAAGAGCCCAGAGCUAUGGAAAAAACAAUUAAAAUGGAAAAUCUUAAAAAGAUGAAUAUUAAGAAACAACAUGAAAUACAAAGAUUGGCUGCGGUGGUAAAAGAAAAUUUAAAAUUAAAUGAAAAUGGAAAUGAGCAGCAAGUGAAAUAUGUGCUAAUAGACUUUGGUUCUGGUUUGGGCUAUUUAAGUGAGUUGUUAUAUAAACUAAAUAGAAAUAUCCUUGUAUUGGGUUUAGAAGCCGACAACUACCGCGUAGAAGCGGCUGAGAAACGUGUAAAGACUUUUAUGCCUAAUGCCAACAACUCUAUACAGUAUCGACAACAAUUUAUAACUGAACAAUCACAAGAAUUCAUUGUUCAAACAGUAGAGGAAGUUUUCAAAUUGAAUUAUCAGCAAAUGACAACACAAACAACAACAAAGAUGGCAAUAAUUGGUUUACAUGCAUGUGCUGAUUUAACUAUAACAUCCUUAAAACUCUUUCUACAAAUGCCACAAGUACAGCAUCUAAUCAUUAUGCCAUGUUGUUACCACAAGUUGCAGGUUUGUGAUGAGAGUGCGGUCACCAAGGCUGCUUUAAAGUUUAGAAAUUUUCCUUUAAGUGAAAGUCUUAAAAAAGUGCUGCUAAACAAUGAUGACAAGUCCAAUUAUGCUGAAACGCAGGAAACUUUUCCCACAUAUUUAAAUCGUCCCUUUUUACGUUUAGCCUGUCAGCAGACUUUAAAACGUUGGAGUAAAUGUUCAUCAAUUGAACAUUGUAAACAUGGUAAUGAAAUGUUUUUAAGAGCUGUAGCAGAAUUGAUAAAAAUGGAAGGAGAGGAGGAAGUGGAACAGGAAUUAAUAGUGUUUAAACGUAAAGAAGAAACUAUUGAUCUGAGUUCAUUGUCGGCUGAGGAUUUGAAAAGUUUUGAUACAUUUAGUCGUUUUUAUGGUUUAAAAAGUAAGAGUACAAAUGAUUUUGUUGCUUGGUCGGAGCGACAUCGUAGAAAAUAUCUUGAAACUAUAGACAAAUAUCCAAAUGGUGGCAAACUGGCAGAAGGUUUGACAUGUCUACAGACAUCGAUGCAGAAACUUUGUGAAAAUCUGGUGCUCUACGAUCGUCUAUGCUAUAUGGAGGAGACAGCAUUAAAAAUGAAUUUAAAAAUCAAUGUGCGCUAUGAAAAAAUCAUGGAUGAAGAAUUAUCUCCUCGUUGUUAUGUCUUAAUAGCGGAAAAACUAUAA